AUAUUGUCGGCUCUAAAAAUACGUGACCGCUAAGCUAAGUCAUCUAAGUUAGGUUAUAUAAAUGGAGCCAAUAAGCCAAUUGAGCUAGUGUAAAAAUUUCAUUUUCGUUAAGCUGACGCAAUAAAGACCGUGAAGAAGUUGCCAAAUAGUCAUGGAAUUGAAUUAGCUUUGAGAUCAAAUGCGAUCUUCUAGAUUGUUCGAACCUUAUUCUUCAUUUCUGUGCUUUCAGUUAUUUCUUGUUUAACGCCAUCUGAAAACAGCUGGUACCUGCUUAAAACAAAAACUAAGUUUCUUUCAAAGUGUAAUUGCGGAGUUCACUAACUUCAAAAACUUUCAUAAAUCAAACAAAAGUAAACUAAAUUACAAAAUGCCCAGUAAAACCAGAGGAUGUGUAAUUGGGGCCGGACCUUCCGGAGUUACGACUCUCCGAGCAUUGCAAAGUCUCGAGGAUGCGAGCGGAAGCAUGGACUCGACCGGGUACGAAGUUGUCUGCUACGAGAGAUACGACUCCAUUGGCGGCAUCUGGAACUUCAAGGGUCGAGAAGGGAUCGAAAAAGACGGGAUUGAAGCCCACUCGGGAAUGUAUGAAAACUUGAGGACGAAUAACCCCAAAGAGGUCAUCGAGUUGCCCGAACUCAAGAUGCCCCAAGAUAAAGUCGAGGAUACGAAACCUUGCUACCCUGAGAGGUCCAACAUGCUGAAAUAUCUGCAAAGCUUUGCACUCAAAUUUCGACUCGAGAAAUACAUCAAAUUCAACACUUGGGUUCAAAAUGUAUCUUUUGACCAGACAACGAAAAAAUUCAGCGUCAAAGUUAAGGAUCUGGUGGCUCAACAGGAAGAAAUAGAGACGUUUGACUACGUAAUAGUGGCAACAGGGCACUUCAACUAUCCAAAUGACGCAACGUAUCCUGGCCAGGAGACUUUUAAAGGGAAGAUUAUUCACUCCAAACAGUUCAUUGACGGUUCUAGAUAUAAAGGAAAGAGAGUUCUGGUUGUGGGAUCCUCUUUUUCCGCCGAAGACAUAGCGAUGCACUCUUUGCGAGCAGGCGCCCAGUAUGUCACCAUAUCGUACAAAACCAAACCACAGCCGCUGAACUACCCAGGGGGCAUAGAUGUCAGGCCGCUUCUCGAAAACAUCGAUGGCAACACAGUUAGCUUCCAAGACGGAUCCAAGGAAGAAUAUGACGUCAUAAUCUAUUGCACUGGCUACGUUCACAACUUUCCUUUCAUGGAAGAUGAUCUCAAACUAAAGACUGGAAACAGGCUGGCUGUGCCACUGUACAAACAAGUAGUGUUCCCCGACAACCCAAAGCUGUUCUACAUUGGCAUGCAGAACCAGUUCUACACAUACCCGAUGUUCUGGCUCCAGGGACAUUUAUGUGCAAAAAUUAUCAAAGGUGAGCUCGACGUUCCUCUAAAGCCAGAAAUGCUGAAGGAAAUAGAACAGAAGCAGUUCGAAGAGAGUCAGCUCCGGAACUACUAUGAAGGCAUUGACUUCCAAACGGACCACGUGAAUGAACUGGCCAAAAUAACUGGACAGAUUAUAUGCGACAAGAGUAAAUUGAUGAAACAGUGGAUCAGAGACAGAAACGAGGACUUUCAGACAUUCCGAGAACAGACACAUUUCGACUCUACAUUCAACAUUCUGGAGAACUAAGAACCUCUUCAGAAAACCGAGCAACGGCUUGCUUGAAGUUUGAUUAUAACUUUCAAAAUUAAAUCAACCUAUGCUACAAACUUUAUAUUAUUUCUACACUAAAUGAGCCUCGGUAAUUGUGGCUUUUGCUAACAAGGUAAUUUUUGUUUUUAUAAAGGGCAAAAAAACUUGAAUGGAUUACAAUGAAGUACAGAGUUAUAGUUUUUUUGCCCUUUAGGGUUUUAAGUGCGAUUAGGAAGUAAAAAGUUGAUCUACACUAUAAAAAGUUGAUCUACACCCAUAAAAAAGUUGAUCUACACUAUCUAGCUUUAACAGAGAGUUAAGUCAUCCGUUUUUUAAUGCUGAAAAUUUUAUAUUUGAUUAAAUUGAAGUUUUCACGGA